UCGGCUCGUCUGCCUCCAGUCCGACUGCAGCUCCGGCGGCUUGUCUGCGCUGCGUGUGGGGGAAAGGAGACGCCACCAGCAGACGCAGGGCUGAAGAAGUCCCAUUCCCGGUCCUUUACAUUAAGACUUUACGCGUCCAGCAAGAGCUGACGUUGCUUCGGAGUUCCCAUCGUGCAGCAGCCACAUCGGGGCGCAUCUAAGUCUCCUUGAAGUGAUCCCAUUUUUAUCCGUAGAAGCGCUCCCCGUCGGAAGGAGUCUGGGUGCACGCACACGAGGAGGGGGAAGAGGAGGAGGAGGAGGAGGAGAAAGGGGGGAAGCAGCGAUCAUUACUUUUGAACAGACCCCUUUUCGGUAUGGAGCUGCUCGUCCGGGUCCCGGGCGCACACACCGCUGAGAGAUGAACACUUACCUGCGUCUGGAAACCUCCUCAUCCGUCCACCGUGAGCGACGGCGAGACUGCAGCACAGCUCCAGCUCGAUUCUGUCUAGUUUUUGGGCGCUUCUUUUAAGGAAAAGAAGCCCGGCGUUCAUCAGAAUCUGAUCACACUUCACGCCUGGAUCUACGUAUUUUUUUUUUUUUUUUUUGCCACAGCACAAUGAAAUGAUGAGUGGUGAUGCUUCUCAGAGAACUACUGAUCGUUGACGCCGUUCCAGCUUUCCAUCCUCCCACUUCAAGACGUUGAACCGCAUCGCGCCCCUGGAUCAUUUGCUUACAGCAACACAAUGGCAUCCGCACAGUGGCGGCGUCCAGUACUACGCUGCCUCCUGCUUCUUCUCUGCUGCUUUCACUGCUCGCAAGGGUUCAGCCGUGCAGCCUUGCCUUUCGGGCUGGUCAGGAGAGAGCUCUCAUGUGAAGGAUAUGCAAUUGAUCUCCGCUGCCCGGGGAGUGAUGUCAUUAUGAUCGAGACGGCCAACUACGGCCGGACCGAUGACAAGAUCUGUGAUGCUGACCCUUUCCAGAUGGAGAACGUCAACUGCUACCUCCCUGAUGCCUACAAGAUUAUAUCACAAAGGUGCAACAACCGUACGCAGUGUGUGGUUGUCACUGGCUCUGAUGUCUUUCCUGAUCCAUGCCCUGGCACCUACAAGUACUUAGAGGUCCAGUAUGAGUGUGUUCCCUAUAUUUUCAUUUGUCCCGGGACUCUGAAGGGAGUGGGAGACGCCACCUUCCUGUUCGAGGCCGAGCAGCAAGCCGGGUCGUGGUGCAAAGACCCACUGCAGGCCGGCGACAAAGUCUUCUUCAUGCCCUGGACGCCGUACCGCACGGACACGCUCAUCGAGUACGCCUCUCUGGAGGACUUUAAAAACGGUCGCCAGACGACCACCUAUAAACUCCCGCACCGCGUGGACGGGACGGGCUUCGUCGCUUACGAUGGGGCCAUCUUCUUUAACAAAGAACGCACACGCAACAUCGUGAAGUUUGACCUUCGCACGCGCAUCAAAAGCGGCGAGGCCAUUGUGAACAAUGCCAACUAUCACGACACCUCGCCCUACCGCUGGGGCGGCAAGACGGACAUUGACCUUGCAGUAGAUGAGAGGGGAUUGUGGGUAAUCUACGCCACGGAGCAGAACAACGGGCGCAUAGUGGUGAGCCAGCUCAACCCAUACACACUCCGCUUUGAGGCGACGUGGGACACGGCGUACGAUAAGCGCUCGGCCUCCAACGCCUUUAUGGUGUGCGGUGUGUUGCACGUAGUUCGCUCCACGUAUGAGGAGAACGAGAGCGAGGCCAGCCGGAGCCAGAUCGAUUACAUCUACAACACCAAGCUGAGCCAGGGCGAGGACACCGACAUCCUCUUCCCCAACCAGUACCAGUACAUCACGGCUGUGGAUUACAACCCCAGGGACAACCAGCUGUACGUGUGGAAUAACUUUUACAUCCUGCGUUAUGACCUGGAGUUCGGGCCUCCGGAUCCUGCCGAAGUGGCAACCAUCGAGGAGAUCUCCGUUUCAUCACCCACACCCAAGACCACUAUGACGUUCACCACCACCACCGAGCCCACCGUGAGGGGCCACGGUGACACAACGGUCGCAGGUGCAGAUCCAAGAGAAGGAAGAGAUCCGUUUGAGGACAAUCAUGGCGCAGGAACAGCUGAACCCACGGUGCCCGAGCUGCCUCCAACACCCAGACGCUUCUGCGAGGCCACCAGGAGGAGGGCCAUUGACUGGCCUCAGACGCACAGCGGGACCUCCGUCGAGAGGCCCUGCCCCAAAGGGACGAGAGGCAUCGCCACUUUCCUCUGCGCCGUAGCAGGGACCUGGUGCUCCAAAGGACCAGACCUCAGCAACUGCACCUCCCACUGGGUGACUCAAGUGGCACAAAAGAUUCGAAGUGGUGAAAAUGCAGCCAAUUUAGCCAACGAGCUAGCACGGCACACGCAGGGACCGGUGUUUGCUGGAGAUGUCAGCUCCUCGGUGCGUCUGAUGGAGCAGCUCGUGGACAUCCUGGAUGCUCAGCUACAGGAGCUGAGGCCCAACGAGAAGGAUUCAGUUGGACGCAGCUUCAACAAGCUACAAAAAAGAGAGAAGACAUGCCGAGCAUACAUGAAGGCAAUCGUGGACACUGUUGACAACCUCCUGAGGCAGGAAGCGCUGAAAUCUUGGAAAGACAUGAACUCCACAGAGCAAUCGCAUGCUGCCACAAUGCUCCUGGAUACCCUGGAGGAAGGGGCGUUCGUCCUUGCAGAAAACCUGAUCGAGCCUGCGAUUGUAAAAGUACCUGCGGAGAAUAUCAUGUUGGACGUGUACGUGUUGAGCACCGACGGUCAGGUACAAGACUUCAGAUUUCCACAGACGAACAAGGGCGGGGCAACUCUUCAGCUGUCCGCCAACACUGUGAAAGUCAACAGCAAAAAUGGUGUGGCCAAGUUGGUCUUUGUGCUUUACAAGCACCUGGGUCAGUUCCUCAGCAUGGAAAAUGCCACUCUGAGGGGAAUGGGGGACCUGAACAAACACAACCUCUCUCUCACCGUCAACUCCCACAUCCUGUCGGCCUCCAUCACAAAGGAGUCCAGCCGCGUGUUUGUGGCCGACCCCGUGAUCUUCACACUGGAACACCUGGACAAGGAACACUAUUAUAACCCCAACUGCUCCUUCUGGAACUACUCGGAGCGAAGCAUGAUGGGAUACUGGUCCACUCAGGGCUGCAAACUGCUGGAAACCAACAAAAGCCACACCACUUGCUCCUGCAGUCACUUGACCAACUUCGCCAUCCUCAUGGCUCAUCGAGGAAAUGUGAGGGAGGGGAGCCUGCAUGAGGUCCUUCUGACCGUCAUCACCAGGAUGGGCAUCGCCGUGUCUCUGGUGUGUCUGGCCAUCAGCCUCUUCACCUUCUGCUUCUUCAGAGGUCUGCAAAGUGACCGCAACACCAUCCACAAAAACCUCUGCUUCAACCUCUUCAUUGGCGAGCUUCUCUUUCUCGUGGGCAUCAACAUGACGGAACCAAAGCUGGUGUGCUCCAUCAUCGCGGGGGUCCUCCACUUCUGUUUCCUGGCUACAUUCACCUGGAUGUGCUUGGAAGGCGUGCAGCUUUACCUCAUGCUUGUGGAGGUGUUUGAGAGUGAGUUCUCGCGCAGAAAAUAUUACUACAGCUCUGGCUACCUCAUCCCGGCACUGGUGGUGGGCAUCUCGGCAGCCAUCGAUCACAGAAGCUACGGCACACAGCAAGCAUGCUGGUUGAGGGUGGAUAACCAUUUCAUCUGGAGCUUCAUCGGACCCGUAACCAUCAUAGUAAUUGUCAAUGUCAUCUUCCUGGUGGUGACAAUGUACAAGAUGGUGAAGCAUUCCACCUCCAUGAAACCCGAUUCGUCCAGGCUUGGGGGUAUCAGGUCAUGGGUGUUGGGAGCAUUUGCACUGCUUUCGCUGAUGGUUCUGACUUGGACCUUUGGCUUGUUCUUCGUCAACGAAUCCUCCAUCGUGAUGGCCUACCUCUUUACCAUUUUUAACACGCUGCAAGGGAUGUUCAUCUUCAUCUUCCACUGUUUACUCCAGAAAAAAGUUCGGAAAGAAUACAGCAAAUGUUUCCGUCAGUCCCAGUGUUGCGGCGCGCUACCGGUUGAGGGUUCCCACAGCUCAACUAAAGCUGUCACAUCUCGAUCCACAGCCCGCUACUCAUCUGCUACACAGAGCCGCAUUAGACGGAUGUGGAAUGACACUGUGAGAAAGCAGUCGGAGUCCUCCUUCAUCUCAGGCGACAUAAACAGCACCUCCACGCUCAACCAGGGGAUGACUGGCAACUACCUCCUAACUAACCCUCUCCUCCGAACCCACGACACUAACCCUUAUAACAACCUGCUGGCAGAAACAGUGGUGUGCAGCAACCCUUCCCCACCGGCCUUUCACUCCCCAGGACAGCACUCUCUCAACAACAGCAGGGACAUCAGCGCCAUGGACACCCUCCCCCUUAAUGGUAAUUUCAACAACAGCUACUCCCUGCGUGACGAAGACUAUGAAGCUGUGGGUGUACGAGCCCCAGGUGACCUCGGGGGCUUGAACCUGGAUGAUGCGGCCUUUGAGAAAAUGAUCAUAUCUGAGAUUGUCCACAACAACCUAAGGCCCCGCGGGGCUCCCAAAGUUCGUGAAACCCCAAGGGAGAAGGACAGGGCCCUGCCCCCCCAGUUGAGGGUGACAGUGGACCAAGGCGGUGGAGGGAGCGGAAGUGAGGAUGACGCCAUUGUGGCGGAUCAUGCCGAGGCCUCGUCCCCUCAGAGAGGAGGUGGAAAAGGAGGCCACACCACCCUCGAGCUGCUCCUACACCCCCACCAUAAGGAGGUGCUGGACGCCCCCCUCCUGCCCCAGAGGACUCACUCUUUGCUCUACAGCGCCCAGAAGGCCCCCAGACACCUGGAGGGACAGAACGGCCAAGGCUCCGAGACUGUUACUGCAGUGGAGGACACGGGCUCUCAGUCACCAAACAAUAAUAGAGACUCCCUAUAUACGAGCAUGCCAAACUUGAGAGACUCUCCAUCGCCUUCAGCGUCACCUUACCCGCCGGAGGAGGAGGAGGUGCUCUCACCCUCACCUCAAAGCGACAGUGAGGAUGCAUAUCAUAAAAGCAUGCCUGAGCUCGGCGAUGCACCUCAGCCUCUGUCCUACUACCACAUAAACCGAGGCACCAGCGACGGGUGCAUCCUCCCACCCAACAAUGAAGACUGUGCGCAGGAGGAAGAGGCGCCCAGUGACGGACAAAUGCAGCUUAUCACCAGCCUCUGAUCGAGCCAUUUUUGUUUGCACAGGUUUUAACAGAUUGGUGCUUUCAGCUGUUGUCAAAAGACCCUCGCUCUGCACAUGCCCUUCCUUUCAGAACAGGAAGUGAAAAGUUGCUUGUUGGAAAAAGGAGUGAAUAAAUGACCUUUUGCACACGGAUAUUGUUAACACACAAAACACAUCUAAUGGAGGCCGGGAAAAUGUGGGCGGUGGAAGCUCUGCAGUUGGACUAAUGAGGUGCAGUGGACAAUACAGAGGCCACAGUUUGAUGGUCGAGCAUUUUCGUUGUAUUGGAAGAAAAAUUGAAUAAGUGUUAUAAAAAAAAAAAAUACUCGAAGCAAAGAACCAUGAAACUUCUGACAUAUCCCUGGGGGACUCUGCUUAUCCAGGGUUUUUUUUUUUCAGUUUGUUUUUUUUUUCAGUCAAGAAGUACAGAAUUAGAACUAGUGUGGCUUCACUACACCGUAAGGACCGUCAAGUUAAGAAACCACUAAUUCAGACUCAGGCCUUAUAUUUUCUCUAUUGCACAUUUAACUGUUGUCAAAGUAACAGCUAAAGAAGAUAUAUUUUGCUGUACCACUAGUGUAAAAAGUAAAACAGGAAAAAAACUAAGGAAAAAAAAAUAAAAAAAACAAUGGCAACCAUUCAGUAGUGAUGCCCUUCCAAUGUUAGAAUUCUUCAGACAAGAAUUAUAAAAAUGGUGGAAAAUGUGCUUUUUCCUCUCACACUUGACUUGUUGUAGUAUGUUUGACUAUGAAAACAAAACGUUUUGAGAGAUAUCAGUCCAUAUGAAACCAUGCUCAUGUCUUUACUUGUGAAGUGCUUUUGCUUUCAUGAAUGAUGAGUUUUUGCCAGUAGUAUAUUUGUUAACACCAGGCCAUGCACAGAUUUGAAGUGAAUUGGAUAUUUGUGUAAUUUAUUUUACUUGAAAGAAAUUGUCAGGUUGAAGACUUAUGUUCAUGUCAUUGCGAUAUUGCAAUUUUUGCAGACAUGUUUCGUCCUUUGACACUAAUUAAUUUAUUAACUUUUCAGAGAAAAAAAAGAACAUGGUUUGGAAGUGAGAGUUGUAUUGUUGCAGCACUGAUUAGGUUCAUUUUAUUUCUUUUGUAAGAGCCCAUCAUCAUCUGAUAUUUAAUUCAAAUCCUGUUUGAUAUCAAAUAAAUGUGAAAUUUUUUUCUUG